CUCUCUCUCUCUCUCUCGCUCUCUCUCUCUCUCACACACACACACACACACACAAAUCUCCUCCAUAAAUAAACACAGAGGAAGGUGGAGUGCUGAGGCUAUAAAGCAGAGCACAACACACAGCAGAAACAGCCUUCAGACAUGAAAGGUGUAGCUGUGCUAUUCUGUGUGUUGCCAUUGGUGCUGGGGCAGGGACAGAUCUACUCCUGGGAUGAACCAGGACAAACUCCUGCUCCAGAUCUCAUCAACCCAUGUCUGGCUGACCAGAACUCAUGUGGUUGUUGUGUGAUGCAAAGACAAAAAUGGCAGUUAGAGCAGUACUUAAACUCUAGUCUGAAUUCACUGGAGGACCUGCUGACACGAGCACAGACUACACUCACGAACAUCAGAGAGAAUCGGGUGGCAUUUUCUGUGGGUCUAACCAACAAGAGACAUUGUGUUGGUCCAGUAAAGACAACGGCAAUAAAUGUGGUGUAUCAGAGCAUCUUUAUCAACAUUGGAGAAGCCUAUAACUCUACCACUGGUGUGAUUACGGUGCCACGGUCAGGCGUGUAUAACCUGGCUUUAACUGUGUUCAGCGAUGCAGGCUCACCAGGCUCACCACUGGCGGUCUGCACUAGUAUCAGACGAAAUGGUGUGGCACUAGCAGCACUUAGGGAGAUAUAUGAUCAAGACCAGGAAGAUCAGGCCACAGCAGUCAUUCUCGUGGAGCUUCGUGUCGGGGACCGUGUUUCUGUCAGUCUCCAACCCGGCUGCUGGCUGUGUGAUGAUCAGAAUCAUUAUAACACAUUUAGUGGAUUUUUGCUGUAUGCUACUGAUUAGGGCACGCACACAGGCUCACACACACACACACACACAAGUUCUUACACAUACAUACAUCUCACAAGACCGUGCUUAUGACAAGUUACAAGAAAGUAUUGGAGUACAAAAUGUAAUGCAUGGUUUAUGUGAUACAACAUGGUUUGAACACACAUAUGGUUUUGAAUAAUACACUGUCUUGUAAGACAAUUGGAUUUAUGAAAACACAUCUAUCAAUACUGAAGAUCGGUACACAAAAAAAUGUUGUGUGCUGUAUAAAUAUAAAGAUCCUGAACUUAUAUUUUAUUCUUUUUUUUUUUACAGAAAUGUUAGGUAUUUCAACCAGGUAGUUAUUCAUAUUUACCAAUAUGUUAUGAAGAUCAAAGCUUAGAUUUCUGUAUGUGUAUACGUGUUGGAUAAACGAGUAGAACAUUUUGUGGGAUUUGUUAGUUGGUGGGGUAUUUUUUGGUGAAGAAACAUUUCAUCUUUAAAUUUGUGUCAAACUAUAUUAAUGUACAAUUGUAUCAUCUGUUAUCAAUAAUAAUCAACAAAUCUCUCUUUUUCUUCUAUACAAAAUUCCUCUGAUUUGUUUCUUUUUCUCUGAGAAAAUUCGUUUCUCUGCAAACGAAUCUAACUCAAAAUCCAAGCGCCACAAAAUCCCAUUCACGCUAUUCAUUUCCUUUCUGCAAAUUUUCUGCAGAGAUUUAAGAAACAUUUGAAUGGAUUAUAUAUUUUAACAUUACAUAGAAACUGUUGCAGGAUUACAGCACUGGGAUGAACUACACUACACCACACAAACA